CUCACUGGCCAGAGCAUUAAAAACAAACGUGGGUUACCUGAAAAGCUAAGAUAGGACAACCAUGGCUACUCCACGCAGUGCACAAACUGUUGUACCUGCACUGGUAUCAAGAUCUGGUCAAGAUAUAAAGAAAUUAUAGAAUUAUAAAGAUAUUAUAAAGAUAUUAUAAAGAUAUUAUAAAGACGCUUUCUAUCUUUUAAAGCACAAUUAUCUAAGAAAUAAUAAUAAAUUACUAAUGUCUGACAAACUAAGAGAUCAACAACUAUUCGACCAUCUCAAGAGUCGUUAUAUUGGUGUUGGUGAUGCCGAUACAACUCAAGAUGAGUGGAUAUCAAACAUCAAAAGAGACACUUAUUCCUCGUUUGCCUCCCAUCCAAACCUACUAUACUACUACUCAAUUUCUACAAAUCAACCAAAGGCCUUAACUCAGUUUCAUUUCAUUAAUAAAAUGAUCGAUCCAAUAAAUAAGAAAAGUGAAAAUGAAAAUUCAUAA